AUGGUGUCGCUGUGGAAGACGGUGUCUCUGUUGCUGACCGUGCUCGCCCUCGUAUUCUCCAUCGUGGCCCACGCGACGUCGCAGUCCUAUGUGCUGGAACGUCGUAUCGGCAGUGACGGCGAAUGGGCCAAGGUCGGCUCCUUCGCCAUUUCACAUCUCUCUUCUCAGACACCUGCUCGUAUCUCCACACAGCUGGCCGGCGAGGUGAGCCUCAGCAGAGAGGAACGUAGCAGCUUUGCCGCUGCCGAUCUUGUGUACUACCGCGCGUACCCGUACCAGGAGGGAAAGCCGGUACCCAAGUUCGCCCCGACGGUUGUGGUCACGCCGUGCUCGCUGAUCCGUGGCUUUGACGCCAUAGACAGCAAGACCGUGGUGCUACAUGAGAACAUUAAGAUUGUUCCGGGCCCAAACGCCUCUCUGAUAGGUCUGCAAGUGAGCAGUGAGACGAACUUUUUCCACUCGAAGAUGCAGAAAGGCGAUGAGUGCGAUCGAAGCGUCGUGCAGAAACUGUUUCCGACAGUGCAUCUGAACACCAAGGUUGGCCUCGUGCAACCACUGAAGGUGGCACGGAAGGUGCGCUACGAGGACCUCAGGGCUUUGGUGGAGGCGGAGAAUGCAGCGAACACGAAAGGGAAGCCGAAUACAGAGAAGCGUCAGGUGAGCAAUGCAGAAGGGGAUGCUACAGAGGUGGAAGUACCCGUGGACGACCGCUCUUUCUUGCAGAAGUACUGGAUGUACUUUGUCAUCCCAAUCGCCAUGUCGGUCUUCCAGAACAUGAAGGGCUGA